GGGUUAACCACAAACUCUUGUGUUUAUUAAAAAUAUUUUUGUGAUUUUUAUGUACUUUAAUUACAAUGUCUUUUAAAACAUUAAGUUUAAGUGAUUGUAAAACUGAUAAACAAGUGAUAUGCCAUUCAAUACCUUGUAAUGUAAAGAGUGAUUGUAAAGAGGCUAAGAUUGACACUUAUUUUGAGCCAACUAUAAGAAGUAGUGAUAAAGACAAUAGUGUUUUGUUGAGUUCACUUCGUGGACGACCAUUAGUUGGUCGUCACAUUGAUUUACCUGAAAAUUGUUGUGCGUUUACCGUUAACCAUAAGAAUGACAAAGAAUUGGUGGCAAAUGAAAGCUUUGGAAGAAUAACUCAUUGGAAUUUAGAUAAAACUUCUUCAGACAGCGAUUCAUUGCCACAAAUAAUACAAUGGAUUCAAAUAUCAAAUGCUAUUCACUCUUCACCUGUUUGUCAAUUAAGUGAUAAAAACUAAUAUUAAUUUGAUUUUUGAAAAUAUAAUAAACAAUUUUAUAAUUGUGUGAAAAAAUG